CAUUUUCAAGAAGAAAGAAAGUCGAAUGAACUAUCUGGGAUCAGAUUUCAACAGUUCCGGAUCGGUCAUAGCAAAGGAGGAGCUCAGAGCCGCCCGAACAAAACGAGGAGAAUGCGUUACCUGCGGAAGAAAGUGCUUCCGAAAAAAACUGUUCAAGAUAGUUCCACUGGAUGUACAAGGAAAGGUUCUGAACGGCCGUUGCCUCAACUGCAAACCCUUACAACCGAAAGAUAUCUCGGUCUCCUCGUUGAAAUUGAAAGCCAACGCUAGUUCAUAUCCCGAUCUACAAUCGCCGUCCCCCAACCCCAACGGUGUAGGUCGCAGCCUCGGACGCAAUGACAGCCACAACAGGGGCCUUGUGAGCGCGAGGAUGCACAAGAAAAGCAACUCACGCAAUUUUCUCCUUAAGCAUUCCCAACCGUCGAAUCACCAUCUUCGCCACCAUCUACAAGAUCAUCUCCGGAAAUGCCAGAGCAACAAGGAAGUCACAGAAGCAGUGCUCGGAGGAACACGUAACCAAUAUCAGCCGGCACGUACCAAUUCCACUCCGUUGGCGCACGUCAACCGCGAGAAUACUGGCAGCAACGGCAAUGUCGCUGCCAACACUGUUGUCAAUACCAACAAUACCAACAACCAGCACGGCAGCACCCACAGCAACACAACUGCAAAUACCGCUCUGACCACUCGUCCGAGUAUUGCAUCUGCCUCCUUAAAUGUAGCCACCAGCAACAGCUCGACCCGAUCCCUCGGAAGCUCGUCAUCCUCGAAUGUUGCUGCCGGGACCAAGCGUCCUCCUCUCACGCCCUGCAACAGCAAUGGCAGCAGUAGAAGUCUCGCUACAAGCGCAAGCAAAAAGAGGACUUCUCAGCCCAAGGAAAUCACUUGGACACCUCCGGCCCCGCUAGAUGAAGAAGGUGUUGCCAAGACUACCAACGAUAACACCACCGAAACGAACGAAUCCGAGAACAAUGCCGUUCGUCGUCCUCCCACUCGUUUGAGUUCUCUUAAAUCAAUCUGCUCGUCGGCAAGCAAUCGGACCUCGCCACCCACUCGAGAGGACCUCGAACGGGCUGCUCUUACCUUGAUGGCAGCGCAGCAGCACGGUGUUGCGGGGGCGGAUGAAUUGUACGAUAUUUUUGAUGGGGUCGCCAACUCUAGUCGCAGCCCCGGCAACCAAAUCGAAGACGAAGACGACGACGAGGGCGACCGGAAGGAGCCCACGACACCUAGAGACGAAGACGAAGACCGAGAAAUAGUCAUAUUGGGAUCGGAUACGGAUGUUCCCGAGACUAUUUCGGCUUCUACCAGCCAAGAAAAUGACGAGAAUGAAGUCUUUCCCUCAGACCGUCAGCGAAUCCUAAACCGAGGAGGAGCAUUUCAACCACGAUGCGGUCAUGGAAAUAGUCGACCGGGUAUCGGGACUAACGUAUAUACCAGUAGCAGUCGCACCCUAAGCUCAAUGUCUUCUAUUGGAGAAGAGGACCACCUAUUGGUUCCUAAGAGCUCACAACCACUACCUCAAAGCCCCCAGCACCAGCUUGGCCGAAUGGAAAGUUUUUCUCGUAUUCGAAGUUCUAGAACACUUGGGUCCCUGUCGACCAUCGAGGUCAUCGACGAGGAAGAAUCAGAAUUCGAUAUGCAGUCUUCCCUCGGCGACACUAGCAAUGGAUCAGUUUCUAUCUCUGCACCAACGCAUGGACAUCCUACCAAUGAAAAUGGCAUCGCAUUUGAAGAAGAGGAUGAAUGCCUCGAUCAUCGAGAUAGUGCUAGCAUGAGCAGUAAAACUGGCGACGGUCUUUGCAAUCCUUUCAAGGAGCAAUUGAACUUCUUGCGAGAAUGUUCCGACUCGCCCCAACAAACUCAAAAGGCGAUGGAAAUACUCUCUGAGACUAGCGAUGACGAAAACGGUAUCGAAGAAUUGGAUCUCUAUGGGAUGGAAAUCAUCGUGACUUCGAUGGAAUCACACGGUGAUGUUCGAGACGUCCAGCUGUGGGGAUGUCGUACCGUUUGGAACCUGAGCUCAUCCUCCCCUAGAGCCCGACACAACUUGACUCGGGCGGGAGCCGCAAAUGCCAUCACACAAGCCAUGAACAAAUUCCUAGAAACCGGAGAAGACCUACAAGAAUGGGCGAUCACUGCCAUCUCAAACCUUGCUAUCGAUGCCCAAAACACGAAGUAUCUGAUAGGCAAAGGUGACGAUGCAGUCGAGGCCAUUAUUACGGGAAUGGGGUACCACUCGGCAAUGACAGGAGUUCAGCAGAAGGGAUGCGAAGCAUUGAUGAACCUCGCAUCACACGACGAUCCAUCCCUUCGACUCAAAAUUAUGGAAAAGGGAGCCGGCGAAGCUAUCCUCUUUAAUUCGAUGGCCAUGCACGCAGACGACUCUACCGUCCAAGAAUCUGCCCUUUUGGCGGUGCGGAAUCUCUGUACCAACUGCAAUGAAAAUCAGAUGAAAUUCUUGGACUUGGGUGUAGUCGACCCAAUCUUGAGCGCUAUGCAGAAGCAUCGACGUGUGAGGAGUGUCCAGAAAGCUGGGGCAGGGGCCAUUUCCAUUCUUGCUGGAAAUAACUACGAAGGUAAGACAGUGAUAGAAGAUAACGGAGGAAUCGUGUUGAUACUUCGGGCGAUCUUAGAUCACUCAAAGAACUCAAUAGAUAGUGGAGACUCAGGCAUGAUUGAAUGGUGCACUCGUGCUAUGAUGGUUCUUGCCGUGGACUUCGUCUGCGAAAGUAACGAUUCAGACACCGUCCGAGCAACUGUAGCGGUUGACACAGUGGUUGAUGCCCUUUGCAAUGCUCCAGAUGAAAAGAAUGCUCAAAAACUUUCCCUGGCCAUUGCCGCUGUAAUCACCACAAUGGAGAGCCACGAAAGCAUCCCGAUCGUCCAAGAGACCGGGUGCGCAAUUCUUGGAGGUCUCUCCGAGCUUUUUGAGGAGGGUGUGGCGACCAACACCGCUCAGACAAAGAUGGAUAUCGUUGACAGUGGCGCCCUGGACGCGAUCAACAUGGCCAUGGUCCUGCACAAAAGCGAGCAAAGGGUUCAAGAACGAGCCUGUAGCCUGCUCUUGAGUUUAGCGAUCGAAGAAAACCACACGGCAAUGCAGGCUGCUGUCGGCGUUCGGCUGCUCCAGGAUGUGGCAAGGAAUCAUCCGGAACAGUGCAAGGAUCCAGUGGAAAAGAUGAUGCGACUAUUCGGUGUCGAAGAAACGAUCGCCUGAAAAACUGUCGUGGUAAACGGUCAGGUGCACUGCCUAGGAUGAAUGCAAUACA